AGCUGCAUACCGGUGGGGCACCUUGCAAAGGUCAGCGACUCCCACAUCAUCACAUGGUGAGAACCAAGACAAAAAUACACAAGCGUAGUGUCACCACCAUCCUACAAAGUCCUAUUUUCUAACUGUAUUGGAACAUUCUCAUUUUCUGGAUAAAGGCGUUGUCCUGACCCCCUUUUUUUCAUUUUAGAGCCCAUAACGUUCCCCUUUGCUUUCACACAGCUGCACAUUCAGCACCUGUUAAAAAGAUUGCAGAGCAACCCUCAAAGUUUCAACGACAGGAAACUCUCUGGGUCGCUCUUCCAUAUGUGCAUGUGUGUGUUUGCAUGUGUGUGUGCGUGUGUGUGUGUGUGUACGAGACACCGCAUCAAGUCUGUUUGCAGUCUUAGUUAUAAUAAGAGAGGCGGAUGAUGACAUCUUCACACCCAAGCUCAUGGUGUGCAAAAAAGUUGCUCUCUCGACAAAUAGCUCGGCAGAAUAAAUUCAGGUCUGAACAAAGGGAAUCUUGAUGGCGGCAUCUGAAAUCUGACAUUAUUGGACAUUUGAGGAAAGAUUCAAUUAAUUUAACAGGCUAAAGCAGAAGUUUCAGAAAGGCUGAAGACAUCAUCACACACAAAAAAGAUGGGAUGCACCUGCAGUUCGGACUCAGACAGCGAAUGGAUGGAGAACUUGGACGAAAUUUGCGAACACUGCAACUGUCCAAUUCCUCCCCAGGCCUGCAAUCCAUACACAGAUCAGGUGAUUCCAUAUCCAUCACAGUAUACGCCCCCGAUGUCACCCUUACCAGAUAACAUUGGGGUGGCCAUUUACAGCUAUGAUCCCAAACAUGAAGGAGACCUGGGCUUUGAUAAAGGAGACAAACUCAAGAUCAUCAACAAGGACGACGCAGAGUGGUACCUGGCCGAGUCGCUCACCACAGGCCAGCGGGGCUACAUUCCCCACAACUUCAUCGCAAUGACCACGGUGGAGACUGAACCGUGGUUCUUCAGGAACAUCUCUCGAAACGAUGCUAUGAGGCUCCUCCUGGCUCCAGGGAACACGCAGGGCUCUUUCCUGAUUCGAGAAAGCGAGACUUCCAAAGGGUCAUAUUCAUUAUCAGUCCGAGAUUUGGACCACAACACGGGGGAAGGCGUGAAGCACUACAGGAUCCGCAACAUGGACGAUGGAGGCUUCUACAUCACAACCAAAAUAUCUUUCAACUCCCUGAAGGAGCUCGUCCAGCAUUACUCCCGUGAAUCAGAUGGAUUGUGCACAGUCCUGGUGAAGCCCUGUCAGUCCAGGGCGCCGCAGAAACCCUGGUGGCAGGACGAGUGGGAGAUCCCCCGCGAGUCCCUGAAGCUGGAGCGCAGGCUCGGAGCUGGACAGUUCGGAGAAGUCUGGAUGGGUAUCUACAACAACGACAGGAAAGUGGCAAUAAAGAAUCUGAAAAUGGGCACCAUGUCAGUGGAGGCUUUCAUGGCAGAAGCCAACAUGAUGAAGAACCUGCAGCAUGCUCGUCUCGUCCGUCUCUUCGCCGUAGUUACCCAGGAGCCUAUAUAUAUUGUCACAGAGUACAUGGAAAAUGGGAGCUUGGUAGACUACCUGAAAACACAGGAGGGAAGCAGCUUACCCAUCAACACACUGAUAGACAUGUCGUCACAGGUGGCUGACGGCAUGGCGUUCAUCGAGCGAAAGAAUUAUAUUCAUCGAGACCUGAGGGCUGCCAACAUUCUAGUUUCCCAUGAACUCAUCUGCAAAAUCGCAGAUUUUGGCCUUGCAAGAUUGAUAGAGGACAAUGAAUACACAGCCAGAGAAGGUGCAAAGUUCCCCAUUAAAUGGACCGCUCCAGAAGCUAUAAACUAUGGCACUUUCUCCAUAAAAUCUGAUGUGUGGUCAUUUGGGAUUCUUCUCACAGAAAUAGUGACAUACGGGCGUAUUCCUUACCCAGGUAUGUCCAACCCGGAAGUGAUCCAGAACUUGGAGCGGGGAUACAGGAUGCCAGCGCCAGAAAACUGCCCUGAUGAGCUUUAUGACAUCAUGAAGGAGUGUUGGACGGAGAGACCAGAGGACAGACCCACGUUUGACUACCUGAAGCACCUCCUGGAGGAUUUCUUCACUGCCACAGAGAGGCAGUACCAAGAGUAGCUGCAAUGGACAGAAAAAGACAUACAGAGACACAUACAUGUGUAAUCAAACUAACAGCAUGACUGUUGACAGCCAAUGCUGGGUUUUAAACUGUGUAAUCAAACUAACAGCAUGACUGUUGACAGCCAAUGCUGGAUUUUAAACUGUUUGCUAUGGAGUAUAAGUGUAGGGGCUGGGACGAUUAACAUAGUGGUGCUUUGUUUCUGCAUCAACCUAACCUGGAAAACAUUUGCCAUAAUCUCUGAUGGAAAUGUGCGAGCAGGGGAGAGAAUUGUGAUGAUCCUGCUGAUUGAGUAAACGGGGGACUCAGUACUGGGCUGAAUAAACAGCUGCACUCCUGGUGCUUUUACAGUAACAUGUAAAUAACUGCUUCGGUUGAAUUUUACCUCCACAGUGUAACAGUUUUAUUUACAGUAACAAACUUUUUGUGAAUGCUGUGUAUUGUUGCAUAAAAUAAGCCAGUUGAGCAGAAUAUUGUUGUGAAGCAUAGUAACUAUAAAAAAGGUACAUUAUGGAUGUUUUUAUUAUUAUUAUAGAGAAUGAAUGUCUAAUGUAUA